CGCAGGUUGCCGGGAGUGUGUUGUGUCGUUGUGCACCUCAGAUACGAAUAUGCGGACGUUCUUGGUGCUAGCAUGCGUGAGCGCAGCCGUGGCGGUGGCGGUGCCGGUUGAAUAUGGCGGGUACUUCGCGCAUGCGCCGGUGGCCGUACAUGCACCAGUAGUCCACGCUGCACCCGUGAUACAUGCGGCUCCUGUAGUACAUGCUGCCCCGGUCGUCCAUGCCGUGCAUGCUGAGCCUGUUGCUUAUCCAAAGUACGCGUUUAACUACGGAGUGAAGGACCCACAUACCGGUGACAUCAAAUCGCAGCAAGAAGAGCGUGAUGGUGAUGUUGUUAAAGGAAGCUACUCCUUAGUGGAGCCUGAUGGUUCUACCAGGACUGUGGCGUACUCCGCAGACGACCACACAGGUUUCAAUGCUGUCGUACACAAAUCUGGACAUGCAGUUCAUCCGCAACAAGUAGCAGUAGCGCAUGCGGCACCAGUACAUUACGCGGCUGCUCCCAUCGCAGUGGCAUCCUACGGUCACGGCUACGGUCUACACUAACCACUUAAAACUAAAGUCCUGACAAAAUAUCUUGACAAGCUAAAGUUGACUUAUUUAACUUAAAGCCCCCUUGAUGGAGCAGUUGGUAUCCAAAGAGGUCCUCCAUCAGUAUGAAGUGACUAUUACAUGCUUUUGAGAGAAAGGGAGACACAUGUUCAGCAAGGUCAAGCUAUUUUGUUCGUAUUAUACUUAAUGUUUACGCCACAAAUACUCUACUAGAUGUUACGUUUAUACCUUAUAUUAAUGUUAAGGGUGGGUGUUAUGUUAUGCGCGCGCAGGGUUACGU